CGAAAGUUAUCUAUUUCAGAUAUGCAUAUGCAUGCAUUGGAAGCUUCAUUUAUUGUAAUCGUUCUUAAUCUUCCUUAAAAUUAAAACAUUAUGUUGGUUUACGCCUGAGACGCAUACCCUACUGAAAAAAGCUCUUUACAGAUGAUCGAAGAGAUAAAAGUAAUUCAACCACUACCAUAACCAAACAACCAUUUGGUAAAAAUGUCUGUAAAAAAGAUUGUUGUUUUACCAGGAGAUCAUAUUGGACCCGAGAUUGUUUCUUCUGCGGUCGAAGUUUUAAAGACUGUGGAAAAGAAGUGUUCUCACCUCAAGUUCGAGUUUCAAGAACAUAAGAUUGGAGGAGCCUCCAUUGAUGCCUUUGGUACACCUUUGACCGAUGAGACUAUCAAGGCUUGCUUAGAAGCUGAUGGUAUCAUUUUGGGAGCAGUUGGCGGCCCCGAAUGGACAAACCCCAACUGCCGUCCUGAGCAAGGAUUGCUGAAGCUUCGCAAAAGUUUGGGUGUUUGGGCAAACCUUCGUCCAUGCACCUUCCCUAGCAAAUCUUUGCUUAAAUACAGCCCCUUGAAGUCCGAGAUUGCUGAGGGAGUUGAUUUCUGUGUCGUUAGAGAACUCACUGGUGGUUGUUAUUUUGGUGAGCGUACAGAAGACAACGGCUCUGGUCAUGCUAUGGAUACAUGGCCUUAUAGUGUAGAGGAAGUAACUCGUAUUGCUCGUUUGGCUGCCUGGCUCGCUCAAACAUAUAACCCUCCCGCGCCUGUCACUUUGCUCGACAAAGCCAAUGUCUUGGCUACUUCCAGACUUUGGCGUAAAACUGUCGCCAAGGUCUUUAAGGAAGAAUUUCCUCACUUGACCUUGAAAAAUCAACUUAUUGAUUCCGCUGCCAUGCUUAUGGUCAAAAACCCUCGUGCUUUGAACGGUGUUGUGUUAACUGACAACUUGUUCGGUGACAUUAUUUCUGACGAAUCAUCUGUUAUUCCAGGAAGCUUGGGUCUUUUGCCUUCUGCUUCUCUUUCUGGAAUUUAUGGACAAACAGAGAAUCUCAAUUGUCUUGUUGAACCAAUCCACGGCAGUGCUCCUGAUAUUGCUGGCCAAGGGAUCGUAAACCCAGUGGGAACCAUUUUGUCUGGUGCACUUUUACUUCGCUACGCUUUGAAUGCUCAUAAAGAAGCUGCCGCCAUUGAAUCAGCCGUUGAAAAAGUCCUUAACGAUGCUUCCAUUGGUGGUCGUGGUCUCUAUACUCGUGAUUUGGGCGGUGAUGCCAAGACCGUUGACAUAACUAAAGCUGUUGUUGAGGAACUUGAAAAGAUUUUGUAAAGCAAGUAACAGUUUACGUGCUAUGUUGCUGCCGUUGAAUUUUUGGAAGAAAAACAUUAAUGAUAUUCUCCUUUUCAGUACUUACUAAUUGAGUAUGAACAAAAAUACACAUGUCUUUACUCAAUCACACAAAAAUGUAAAAGGGGGGACUAAAAGAGAGAUUUACCUAGUCUAAUAUCUUAAUGAGAGUUUAAGCGUAUCAGCUUUAAAUUAGGCUUACAAAUACUCGUAUCGUAGUCUCGUAACACAUGGAUUUGAAUCAUUAAAAAAUAAAAUUCGUUUCCAGCCGGAGAUACCAAAGAAAAGAAUUACCGUAACUGGUUUCGGCUUUUGAAUUGGGUGCUUGUAUAUGGAAGUUCAUCAAUGGAGAAAUUGAAGUGCCUAGAUUCAAAUUAGUAUAAGCUCUUCUGGUAAUUACAUACGUUUCUGGGGCAUAAACCUUCAUAAGGCGAACAUGACUAUCUUUACCGUUUUGAUGAUUUCCGAGGAUUUUAACUUCAAUGAGAUUAGCAUCGAGUAGACCAUUCCGACCAAAAUCACCCACUGGGACAUGAACCCAUCCAGUCGGUUCUUCCAGCUGAACGGUGGUGACGAGCUCUAAAUCGUGGAAACCUGUACCAGCCGAGAUACGAAGUCUGUCCGGGGUAUAGGAUUCAUCAAAGGUAUAUUGUAGAUACAGACUUAUAUAUUUUACGGAAACCCGUUUCACGAACUUGAUAUGAAUGUCAUGUGGUUGGGAUCCGUCUGAUCUGUAAGAGAAAGAAUUUAGUAAGCAUUCUUUGUAGAAUUCCUAAACAUACUGCCAAUAAGUCUCUACAUUAUCAUCCCGAACCAAGCGUAUAGGAAAGCCACUUUUUUCGCUGGAACACGUCCAUUGAGCUAGGUUUCCAAUGUCUACUAAUCCAUCUGUCAACUUUUGGGUUUCUGAUUUUGACUUUUUCAUUUCAAUCCAGCUAUCCAAUUUGGGUAUAGUUACGGCGCUCUUCUGCAAGUACGAGGUAUCGCAAUAAUCGUUGUAAGGUAUUUUCCAGGGACUAAAACUCACUACUGUCGCGGUUUAUGUCAACAAAUCAGUUAUUCUAAUGUGAGUGUGUCGUUCUUGCUUGUUUAAUCGAUCUGAUGAUCUGUACUUACAGGAUAACCCAACCUUAGUUGGACAAAGAUCGCUAGAAUAAACAAGAGGCAAGGAAGAGACAAACAAAACAUAUACAUACUUUAACAUAAAUACACAAAAAUUGGAACUAUAAGAAUUCUCUACUUUCCACAA